GGGGGGGCCGAGGAGGGGGUGGGGGCAUGUCAUCAAUCUGUUUGGUUGGAUCGGUUCUGUUGGCAGUCGAGAGAGUCCGUCUCGGACUUAAACCCUCGUCCUCGCGAGGUACCGAGGACGAGAGACAGAGAGACAGAGAGACUGACUGACAGACUGGGAGACUGACGGACUGACUGACAGGAAGGAGUGCAGAGAAGCGCCGCCGGGGCGCCCAUGAGAUGAGAUGAGAGGAGAUGGUGCAUCAUCACGAGCAGAGCUGAUCAUUGUUCGUUGAGGGUGCGGGAUCGAGUCAGUCAGUCGAUCGCGAGGGUCGAACGCUUUUUCUGGGUCGGAAGUGGUUGAGAUUUUAUGAUUGUGGUGGUCGAGGAGUAGUACGUUGCUCUCGGUUGCAAUUCGAUCGUCUGUGUGACUGUGCCUCGUUUCCUUCUCUCUCUCUCUCCUGUAGAGUUGAAAUUGGGGGCGCGAGGAGAAGGGAGGCUCUGUAUUCGUCCAGGGGAGGGAAGGAGACUUUCGGUGCUGGGUUGAGGAGGAGGAGGAGGAGAAGUUGAGCUUGUCUUCGUCGUGCUCGGCGUUUACAAUCAGGCAUUGUCGUAUGUGGAUGUGAGCGAACAACAUGAAGGCGAAAGUGAAAGCAAAGAAAGCGAAGUCUGUGAAGAGUAUCAAGAACGCUGGCGAUGGAGACGCAGCCAAGGAGUCUAGUAAAGUUCGAAAGCAGGAUAAGCAGCUGCGGUUUAUCAACAAGUUGCAAGACAAUCAGAAGCUGUCCGUGAAGAAAACCAUAGGGAAGAAGCGGAAGAGGACCAGAGAGAAAGCGAAGGCAUUGAGCAGUUUGUCAUCUCUGCUUGACAGUCUACCCACUCAAGAAGAAGUAAUAGCAUCUCCGCUGUCUUUUAAAAAGAAGCAGUUAACCAGAAAAUCUCACCAGAAAGUGGUGGUGAAAGAAACGAAGCAGCUCGCUGCUGUGCUAGCUCAUCCCGAGUUUCAGACAGAUCCCUUUGCUGCAAUCCAGCAGCACUUGACUAAUACCCUUCCGGCACCUGAUCCGCCAGCUAAAAAGCCUGAUGGCAAAGGAAAGAAGAAGAAAAAGUCUGCGAAGAAAGCUUCAGUGGAUCUCAUGGAUGAGUAAACGGGACUUGGAUCCAUGACUACGGUCAUGCAACUUGCUUGCAGCUUUAUGCUAUUUGGUCACUGACACUCACCUGCUUCCGUCGAGAUCGGGAGACCGUGAUGGGAAUUUUGGCCAGGAGACGUCAGGAGAGUGACAGAGUCUGGCUGCUAACUUCUUACCCUUCAGGAACGUUGGGAUAUGCGCGUAAGGGGUAAUUGGAAUAGCUUUUGCUUGUAUCAAGCAACUUCCUUUCAGGCUUGCCGCAGACAGGGGUCGGCGAACCAGACGCUUUCUUUUCAUAUCAGAUGAAACAUUGCUGGCAAAGUUUGGGCUUUCGGUAGAGUUUCUCUCCGUGGGGUUGACCACUUCAAUUUUUGAUGUAUUUGAUGCACUCGCAAGGGUUUUGAAGGAAGUGAGAAAGUGAGUGCGCUCGGAGGGACUCGAAGGGCAGAUAUGUUCAUACGACCUUCAAGUUCUACUACCGUGUGUACAUUUUCACGAAACUUAAGUGAAGGAGAAGCAGGACUUACGUUUGAAGUACUGCUAUAAGGGUUCCAAUUGUCUUUUGAGAUCUGACAUGACCAGGAACCGAAACAUUAUUUUAUAUUUUAUAAAUAUAUAUGUAUGGGUUUG